AUGGAUCCUUCAAAAUCUACAUCAAAUUCUCAAGCAAAUAUUCUUCCUUCUACAUAUGAUCCAACAAAUAUUGAUAGUCCUGGCUUUGAUCCUGAAACGUAUGUUACUAAAUUAUUACGCGAAUCACGUUUAGCACAAUUGAUAGAUAAAGAACAGUUAUUAACCAAACAAAUAAAAACUCUUGAUAAUGAAAUGCAAACACUUGUGUAUGAAAAUUAUAAUAAAUUUAUAUCAGCAACAGAUACAAUUCGUCAAAUGAAAAAAGACUUUAAAACAAUGGAAGAUGAAAUGACACGUCUUAUAUCAACAAUGAGUACGAUUAAUUCAAAUAAUCAUCAAAUACAUUUAACACUCGAUAAUCGCCGUCAAGAAAUACGUAAAUUAACAAGCAUACAUGUACUAUUACAAAAACUACAAUAUCUAUUUCAAUUACCGGCUAAAUUAAAAGAAUAUGCUGAUGAUAAUCAAUAUGAUUUAGCAGUAAAUACUUAUACAAAAGCCUUAAAAGCAUUACAAAAAUAUGAACAUAUACCAUCGUUUAAUCAUAUUCAACAGACAUGUAAAGAAACAAUGACUAAUAUACGUGAUGAACUUAAAUCAAGAAUUGAUCAACAACAAACAUCAUCAAGUAAUGUAGUUAAAUUAUUACUGCAAUUAGGUGAAUCAUCUGAUUAUCUUGCUCAACAAUAUCUUUCACAAAAUAAAUUAAGACUCGAACAUCCAUUAGAAUUAAUGAAACAACAACUUAUUGUUGUUGAAAGUCAAUUGGGAUCGUUGUCAUCAUCAGUAACAAUAUCAAAUGUAGUUGCACAACAAAUGCAUCCAAUGGAUAUACUUGAAUUUGUUGAUACAAGCUAUAAUUCCUACAUGAAAAAUCUUCAUGAAUUUGUUGAAUCUUAUGAAUUAUUAUUCAUUCGAAAUCCAUCGAAUAUACCAUCAUCGCCAAGUAUUGAAGAUGAAUAUAAAGAACGUUGUAAACAUUACUUAGAAAAUUUUUUACUUGAACUGUAUUCUGCCUAUAUAAAAUUUAUUCAUGAUUUAUUUCAAUCAAAAUACUAUGGACAAGAUGAUGAUAUUCAAUUAUAUGUACGCGCAAUAGAUCGAUUUUUACGUCGUUCAUCAAGCGAUAUUUACAAAUAUUUAUUUACUCAACAUGCAUUAGAAAAAAUGCGUUCAAUGCUCGAUGCAUUUCUAAAAUUUGCCAUUGAAUGUCGUUUAAAAUUCUAUCAUUCACGUAUCGAUCGACAUUUUCACGAUCAAAUUAUUGAAUUAAGAAAAUCAUUAACUAUCAUUCAAACAAAUGAACAAAUCCAAUCGUCAUCUGACCAUCAACCAUCGCAACUUAAUUUAUCACAAUGUGUUGAUAAAAUGCUUAAACAAUUGACUAAUGAUAUUAAAUCAACAUUUCAAAAUUUAUCAAAAUUUCUCGAUGGUACAGAAUUAGUUUGUUAUGCAGGAAAGAAAAAUGUAUUUAUGAAACAAUUUGCUACAAAUCAUGUAUGGAACGGAUUCUUUUUAACAUUAUUAGAACGUUUAAUAACCUAUUUUGAACAUGAGUAUACAACAGCAAGUAAUCAUUCGACAAUGAUAAGACAUGAACAAUCAUCACCGCCAAUUCUUUUACUUAUCUUGAGUAAAUUAAUACUUGAUUUUGAUUCAAGUUCAACGCCUUAUUUAUGUACGGUAUUUGAAGAAAAGUUUCAUUUUAUUCUUGAAAAUAAUCAACGAAGCGAUAAUCAAAAAAGUGGAUCAUCAUCAUUUUCAAUUGAUCGUUCGAAAUUAAUUGCAGUUCAAAAACAAUUUAGUGUUAUUGCCAAACAAUUACUUAAACAAUAUAUUUGUUCUCAAGGUUUCACAUUGUCUCAAAUGCUUCGUAAAUCCAUUGAAACUCGAGAUUGGUUGAAUACUGUCGAACCAAGACAUGUUCGUUCAGUCAUGAAACGUAUUAUUGAAGAUUUAACUCAAAUAGAUAAACAAGUCAAAACGCUGUAUAAUGAUCAACAAUCACCAGCACCAUUAUCAUCGUCUUAUGGUCGUUAUUAUCAUCGUUCGAAUUUAGUUAGUGGAGGAGCUCGAAGUUCUGAUGGUGGCCGUCGUACAAUAAUAAUGCCACGUAGUUCAGCACUUGAUCGAGCAACAAGCGGUGGACCAGGUAGUUCAGCUGGUUCCACGGGAAAUCUUCAACUUAAUUUUCAUAAAGUAUUCAAUGAAAAAUUAGAUAUAUUCAUUGAUUUACAAUUUCAAAAAACUUCUAUUUUAUCUAGCAUAAUUAAAUUACUUUUAAAAACAUAUUUAGAAUGUAUUCGUUUAAAAACAUUUUCACGUUAUGGUUUACAACAAGUACAAGUUGAUAUUAAUUAUUUAUACAAUUAUCUUUGGUCAUUUGUUAAUAACGACGAUAGAUUUAUAACUAAUCUACUUGAAGAAAUUGUUAGUAGUACGGCUAUGAGAUGUUUAGAUCCUGUUCUUAUGGAAGCUAGUGUUAUUACUGUAAUUUGUGAAGGAAAUUAA